AUGGCUAGCCGUCUCAUUGGUCAGGUGACUCCAAACUUGCGGCUAGGCCACACCAAUUCCGAGGUCUUCGAGGAGAUCGCCACAGUUGGUGCUGAUGUGGACGGCAAGUUGAAGAAGGUGUCCGACAAGUAUCAACAGAAGGAAUAUUUUAAGAAGAUCAAUAUACCAAUUCAGCCGGAGAUGGGCAUCGAAUUCGGCGAGGCAUUUGGCUUCCCGUUCAUGGCCGAAAAGAUUCAGCCAUUCAAGCAGCAGCUUUCCUUCAUGGGCCUGAGGGCGGAGAAUGAUCAAAGCAAGUUGAGGGAUGUAUGUGCCUAUCCCUCUCCUGCUAUUGAAACUAUACAUGAGGACAGCAUUUGCACUAAGGUCUUCUACUCUCCGCGACAAAUAUCUGCUGAGGCAUGUAGGGCCGCCAGAGAGAUGGGCUUUUCAAAGCUUUACUCUAUACUUAACAUUAUCCCACAGUCUAUCAAAUUGAAAUCUCACGUUUCUGGAGAAAUCAUGCUUGGCAUUCUCGGAGGUGUUCAAGAUGUAUCCUACGACGCUCUUGUCGAUCAGAUACACAGCAUUUUUGAGCCAGACAUGGAUAUUUGCCUGCACCUCUACGGCAAAAUACCCAAGCCCCGCCGUAAAAUUGGGUAUAUUACCGUCAAUUUUCUCUCUUCUAAUAUCAACCUCGAACAGCUAGCUGCGUCCCUGAUCAAAGGGGUCGAUAGCAUUCGCCAAGCUCGUCUUGACAUAAAGUCCGUGCAGCUCUGUCCCAGCGCUGUUCCAGCAGUACAACCAACCACUUCCUCCCCAGCACUAUCGCGAAACAUCACCAACCCUCUGGACCUCCAAGUUCUCUGCGGCGCUUUCGAGAUUCUCGAGCGUUUCCGCGUUCCCCACGACUUCAAUAUCAACUCCGCGCAUCUCACACCAAACACCAUGAGCAAACUAACCAAGUCUGACGCUAGUCGAGCAGCAUUCGCGUCUAGAUCGCAGCUGCUGGCGUGCCCCGCUUUUGGCGUGCCCAUCUGGAUGAUGCCGCGUGGCUGCCCCGUCGCUAUGGUAGGCAUUAGCAACCCGACUAAUGCUGGUAUCAUGGCUGUGCGAAUCCUUUUGGCUAGUGAUGCGGAAUAUAGGCAAGUUAUGGCGGAUUUCAUGAGGGGUAUGGGUGAUGAGGUCGAAGCAAAGGCUGCGAAGCUCCAGGAGAUUGGAUGGAAGGUUUAUUUAGAGAAAUAG